AUGGCGGAACAUUCGUUUCCUAGUAUUGCAGCAGGGGACCAUAAAGGUUAUAUGGAGUACGCCAUAAGCAUUGCUAAGCUGUCGCCUCCGGCACCGACAAAAUUUUGUGUUGGAGCUGUCCUGGUCGACCAUACGAACAAUUCUAUCAUCUCUACUGGAUACUCUCUCGAACUACCUCGAGAUUCGCUCGGGGAUCCAGGAACCACGCACGCUGAACAAUGCUGCUUCAUUAAAGUGGCGCAAAGGUUCGAUCUUCCAGAGGAAAGGAUAGGUGAAGUACUGCCAGAAAACACGGCUCUGUACACAACCAUGGAGCCAUGUAAUGAACGCUUGAGUGGUAAUAGGACCUGUGUUGACAGAAUACUAAGGCUGGGCGGCGCGAUCAAAACAGUGUAUGUAGGAAUCAAGGAGCCAGAGACGUUCAUUGGCCAGAAUGAGGGCAGGAAGCGGCUGGAGGAAGCUGGCGUUGUGGUGAGUGUUGUGGAUGGACUGAAAGAUCGAAUCAUGGAGGUGUCCAUGGCAGGCCAUGAGAAGCAUGGCGGGAGUAGUUGA